GAAACAUCAAACAAGAGCAUGCAAACGGAGCUGAUCUUUGAUCGGUAUAAAAGAUCUCCCAUCCUGUGUACCGACCUAUCAAUACGUUCACAAUGGCCAUCUGGAUAGCUUGUUCUACACUCCUGCUGGCUGUCCUCUCGGUGGUCAGCGCCGGCGGGCAAUACUGUAGCAGCGAUCUUUGCCCGCGCGGUGGUCCACACGUUGGCUGCAAUCCACCCAGCUCCUCGGGCGGACCAACGUGCCAGGGCAAGCAGAAAGCACGGAAAGUGCUGCUAACACCGGCCCUGCAAGCCUACAUCAUGGACGAGCACAAUCUGAACCGCUCGAACAUUGCGCUCGGCCGGAUCCGGCCCUACCCAUCGGCGGUCAAGAUGCCGACGCUUACCUGGGACCCGGAGCUGGCCUCGCUGGCCGACGCGAAUGCACGCUCCUGCAACUACGGUCACGAUCGGUGCCGGGCGACGAAGAAGUUCCCGUACGCCGGGCAAAACAUUGCCAUCACGCAGUUCUUCGGCUACCGGUUCACCGAGAAGGAUCUGAUCCACAAGUUUGUGUCGAGCUGGUGGAGCGAAUAUCUGGAUGCACGCCCCGAGCACGUGCAAAAGUAUCCAUCGUCGUACAGUGGAAAACCGAUCGGACACUUCACCCAGAUUGCCAGCGAUCGUAGCACGAAGGUAGGCUGCUCCAUGUGGUACUGGAAGGAUGGACAGAUGGAUGUGUAUUACUUCGUGUGCAACUACUCCUUUACCAACAUCAUGGAUCGUUCGGUUUACCAGUCUGGGCCAACCGCGUCGCAGUGCAAAACGGGACGGAACUCCAAAUUCCCCGGACUCUGCAACGCCAGCGAAGAGCCCCGCUCGAUUAUGGAUCCUUAGGCGAACAAGCAGUAAGAAGUUUGGCAACUUAAAAGAUCUUAGAAUUGGCUUACAAAUGUAGACAAAUCUUAGAAUAGCUCAAAGCAGAAAUUAAAUCCCUUGAUCCGUUUCAAUCCAAUAUCAACUACAAA